AUGUCGGUGACACUUCACACAACUUUAGGCGAGAUCAAAUGCGAAAUUUUCUGCGAAACAGUUCCAAAGGCGGCAGAAAAUUUCCUCGCACUCUGCGCUUCGGGCUCGUACAAUGACUGCUUGUUUCACCGGAAUAUCAGGAAUUUUAUGAUACAGACGGGUGAUCCAACUGGAACUGGGAAAGGCGGGCAAUCUAUCUGGGGCCGUCCUUUUACGGACGAGAUCAGGUCAACGCUGAAGUUCAACGCUAGGGGAAUCAUUGCCAUGGCCAAUAUGGGUUCGGACACCAACAAAUCACAAUUCUUCAUCACGUAUUCCAAACAACCACAUUUGGAAGGGAAAUAUACGAUAUUUGGGAGAGUCAUUGAUGGGAUGGACACUCUGGAUGCAAUGGAGAAGGAUCCCGUAAAUGAGAAGAACCGACCCCUCCGCGAGAUUCGUUUGACACAUAUAACAAUACAUGCUAACCCAAUCGCAAACAACGCUGCACAAUAA